ACAAAUGAUCACAGUUCUCAUCAAACAUUUAAGUAUCAAUCAAGAGAAGAAGAGUGAGAAGAAGAGAUAGAUCAUGGCAACUACUCCAAAAUGGAUCAUGGUGGGAGGAGAAGGUCCUGAGAGUUACAACCAGAACUCCUCGUAUCAGAGAGCACUGUUAGAAGCGGCAAAAGAAAAGAUGAGCGAGGCUAUCAAGGCCAAACUCAGCCUUGAUUUGAUCUAUGAUCGCUUCAGUGUGGCAGAUUUUGGUUGUGCGAGUGGACCUAACACUUUUGUUGCAGUCCAAAACAUCAUUGAUGCAGUUGAAGACAAGUACCGCAAGGAAACCGGACAAAACCCGGCCGAGAACAUCGAGUUCCAAGUCCUCUUCAACGACUUUACCACUAACGAUUUCAACACUCUCUUCCAGUCACUUCCUGCGGGCAGAAGAUACUAUAGUGCUGGUGUUCCUGGUUCCUUCUUCGAACGUGUUCUUCCUAAAGAGAGUUUCCACAUAGGAGUUAUCAAUUACGCAUUCCAUUUCACCUCCAAAAUCCCCAAAGGGAUCACGGACCGCGACUCUCCAUCCUGGAACAGAGACAUGCAUUGCACUGGGUUCAACAAAGCGGUCAAGAAAGCAUAUCUUGAUCAGUACUCAGCCGACGCCAAGAUUCUAUUAGAUGCUAGAGCCGACGAGCUCGUCCCCGGGGGAUUGAUGUUGCUUUUUGGAUCGUGUCUGAGAGACGGAGUUAAGAUGUCCGAGACCUCCAAAGGAAUAGUGUUGGAUGCUGUCGGAGCUUCUCUUAACGACCUUGCUCAACAGGGUGUUAUCGAACAAGACAAGGUGGACUCUUUUAGCACGCCACUCUACUUUGCAGAAGAAAGUGAGUUGAAGCAAAUCAUAGAGGAAAACGGGAGAUUCACAAUAGAGGCGUUCGAAGAUAUCAUUCACGCAAAGGGGGAGUUUACGCUUGACCCCAAGGUUUUGGCAGUCUCUUGCAGGGCCUCCUUUGGAACUUUCCUAUCUCAACAUUUUGGAGAGCAAGUCUUUACCAAAGUCUUUGACCUCAUUGAGGCCAAGCUACGCCAAGAGCUUCCUCGCCUCCUGAAUGCCAAACCCGGAAUGCAGUACCUAAUCGUGCUUCGAAAGAAAAACUAGUGAUCCAAAACUAUUAAAAGCAGCGGAUCUUUCGUUGAUUCUUCCCUCGCUUCCGUUAAAUUUUGUGACGCUCAUCUCGAUCGCAGCGUUUAAGUUACGAACAGGGCUAUUGUGUUUCCGUUAUUGUUUCUCUUGUUCUACUUCGCUGCUAUGCUACGUGUUUGUAUUCUCAGUCCUACAAAUUAAUAAAUGUCUCUCUACGGAUCGUCAACCAUAUAAAAACAUUUGUUGCUCAAUGACAAUAUCGUUCCUGAUAUGCUAGCGUGUUUAUUCAUUAUUUAACUGCACUGUAUUCUUUUAAAUACAAGGUUCAGGUCCGAUUCCCGGAAUCCCGUAAUUCUACAGAUUCGAAAUCAUAGUAUGUAAUAUUAGUCACUCAAAUUAGGGACACAAUUGCCAGAAAAGAAAGGUUAACAUUGUUCCCUGCGCAAGAAUAACCACUCACAAACGAGUAUUUGCCGAUUGUAAUGUAAACUCAAGCUAUCCUUUGGAAGAUUUGAUUGUAGCUAUCCGUUGAAAGAUUAUAGAUUUUAGGAAAAUAUAUUUAAGUUGAACAAAAAAAAGGAAAAUAUAUUUAAAUUUUGACAAUGUCUUCAUCCUUUCUUUUUCCGUUUUUAGAUGCUUUGGAGGUUCAUCUUUCCUCACGAGUAUAUGACUUCAUAAAAUGUGGAAGGUGGCAAAAUUGGUGCGCAACAAUGACUAGACCUGGGACUUCGGAUAUUUGGGUCGGGUACGGGUAAAACCCGAUCGGAUCCGGGUCUUUCGGAUAAAUAAAUUAUAUACCUAAUGGGUACUUAUAAGAUUUCGGUUCGGGUUUCGGGUCGAGUAGCACCGGUUUCGGGUCGGUUCCGAGUAUCUCGUCUGAAACCCGAAAUGUAAAUAUAUUUAUAUACUUUGACUAAAAUAUAGAGUUGGUUAAAGUGUCCCAGCGGCCGUGAAAGUUUGAAAUGUUGUUGCCCACCAGAGUUAAAUCACCUUAGAUGUUUUUUUUAGUUUAUUUAUUUAUUUUUCUUUAAUGAAUGGCAAUUUUAUAAUUUCCUCAUCUUCUUCCUCGUGUCUCCCUUUUCUAAACCCUCCUCUUUUCGUGUUUCAGACUUAGAAACAUCAAUUUGAUACAUGUUUUUUUUUUGCCAUUUACACAUAAAACUUCAAGAUUUGACAUAUAAUCACCGGUUAUAAACUUGGAAAGCGAAAAAGUUAUCUAUGAUUCAUGUUCUUGCACAGAGAAUUCGGAUUAAUCGGGCCAGAGCCAUUCUGGGUAUUAACCGAACCCUACCCGAUACCCAUGGAUAUUCAUAUCUUUACCCAUCGGUUAGAUCCCUUAGAUCCGACGCCGAACCGAACCGGUCCAUUUCGGGCCGGAUCAGGUUCGGAUAUUUGGUUCCGGGUUAAAGUCGCAGGCCUAAGAGCAUGUACAACGGUAAAAAAUGUGCAAUCCUUAGUCAAAAUCCUUAAUGCUUUUUUAAAGAAAUAUUAAAAGAGGAGGGCAAAGUUAAGGAUGAUCCUUAAUUAAGGAUUAAAACACCGUAGUCCUUAUCGUGUUGGCUUCGUAUGAUUGGUCCGUGCUUGUGUUGUCUCUCGUUAGGGGAGAGAAAAAACACGCGAGCCGACCUCAUUGUAUCUCGAACCCGAAAAAAAAAAGCAGAGAAGACGGAGAGGCGAUAGAGAGGCGACAGAGAGGCGAUUUGCGAUCCCGACUUCUGAAGGUAAAAUUCGAUCUUAAUCUUCUUUUUUUUUUUCCUUUUCGAGUUUAUGCAUGUUGAUUUCAUCUCGUUUUAGGGUUCGAUUGUGGUGUUUUAGAAAAUCUAGGUUUGAAAUCGGAUUGGGGGUUUUUUUCGAUUUAGGGUUUUGGUCUUGGUUUGAUUUUUUUUUUGCAUUUUCGCAUCGGUUCUUUUUUGUUAUCGUCUGGAUUAGAGGUUCUGGAUUGGGUUCACAAUCGAUUUAGGGUUUUGGUUCUUGAUUUCAAAUUUUUUUUUUAUAAGAAUCGUCUCGGUUUGUUUUUUUUUUCAUUUUCGCUUCGGUUGUUUGUAGUUAUCGACUCGAUUAGAGGUUUAAUCGAUUGAGUUCACAAUCGAUUAAGGUUUUGGUUCUUGAUUUCAAAUUUUUUUUUAUAAGAAUCGUCUCGGUUUGUUUUUUUUUUCAUAUUCGCUUCGGUUGUUUGUAGUUAUCGACUCGAUUAGAGGUUUAAUCGAUUGAGUUCACAAUCGAUUAAGGUUUUGAUUCUUGAUUUCAAAUUUUUUUUUUAUAAGAAUCGUCUCGGUUUGUUUUUUUUCAUUUUCGCUUCGGUUGUUUGUAGUUAUCGACUCGAUUAGAGGUUUAAUCGAUUGAGUUCACAAUCGAUUAAGGUUUUGGUUAUUGAUUUGAUUUUUUUUUUUCAGAUUCUGAAAUGGAUGAAGAACAACGAGAUAUGAAAGCACACAAAGCAUACUACCAGAGGGUUGAUUUCGUAUCAAAUUCGCUGCAGGGGAUUCCCCAACUGUGCCCCUGUGGAUCAAUCACAAAGCAAAUUGUAGAUAAAGAGGAUACAUAUGACUACCUCUCUGGGAAAAGAUAUUUCAUCUGUAAAGACUUCGAGGUAUGAAGUUUCUUUCUAUCUCUUUCAUUUAUUACGGGUUAUAUGUUUGCUAUUUGACAAUUUUUUUUUCCUUUUGGCAGAAUGACGGUCUGCAUUACAGGCAACCAUGGGUUAUUGGUGUGCAAGAAGAGGUUGAGAGGCUCAAACUGAAAGUUCUCCGGCAUGAGAACCUUCUUAGAGAGUGUGAGGCACUUAAGGUGAGUUUGUGUAAAUGGCCCCAACUAGAGUUUCAUAAAAAUUGUGUUUCUACUAUCUUUCUAACCAAUGUGUUUUGGUUUGUCUUAUAUCUCUUCAGGAACAGGUUAAAAUGUUGGUCAAGCGGGUUUCUGAACUUGAGGUUAAUUUUUAAACUCAACCGCAAUAGUUUCCUGGUUAGAGAACAUAGCUGUUAGAAUUGAAACGGAUAGGACUGUCGGUAACUGUGUAGUUAGGAAAAAAAUACUUCAUUAAAUAGACCUUAACUGCAUUUUUGAUAGUAAAACUUUAUUAAAUUGCUUGUAGCUGUUCUGAUAAGACAGUUUUCUACUAGGAUUCAAUGUAGAAUCCCUUAUUUAAUUCUAGUAGAACACUAGUAGAGAAUCACACUUCAUCUUAAAUGGCAAGCUCUAGUUUUGUUAAUCUCUUAGCGAGCCAAGGGUCAGUCGACCUUGACUCUGCAGAGACUCCUUUGUUUAGUACCCAAACUCCUACCCAAACACCGCAAGAACCAAGUGUUAAAGAGAGGAGAAAGUGGUCUGUGAAGGAGGAUUUAAUCCUGGUGGGUGCUUGGCUCAACACUAGCAAAGAUGCAAUUGUUGGUAACGAACAAAAAGGUGCAGCCUUCUGGAAGAGGGAUUGUCGAGUUCUACAACUCCAGUCCUCUUCUCGUUGGGACAGUGCCAAGAGAACUAGGGCAAUGCAAGCAAAGAUGGGCUAGGAUCAAUGAUUUGGUCUGCAAGUUUGCUGGCUGCUACGACACGGCAUUGAGGGAGCAGAGAAGCGGUCAAAAUGAUAACGAUGUGAUGAAGGCUGCCUUGGAUAUCUUCAACAGUGACCAGAACAUGAAGUUCAACUUGGAACACGCGUGGAGGGAGCUUAGGCAUGAUGUCAAAUGGUGCUCCACCUAUCUGGAGAAGGACAAGGAUAAGCGCAAAACCGCGGAUACUCCGGUUGCAGAACCAGAAGAUAGACCAAUUGGGGUUAAGGCUGCGAAGGCUGCGGGUAAGAGGAAGAAAACAGGAAAAGAUGAAGAAUUAACCAAGCUUGAAGGGCUGAUGGAGAUUAAAAAGCAAAUCUCAAGGCAAAGUUUGCUUGAAAGUUUGCUUGCAAAGCCUGAGCCACUGCCUGAUAUGGAAUUAGCACUGAAAACAAACUGUUAUCUGAAAUGUUGUCUUGAUGGUUUGUUAGCUUUAGAUUAACUUGUUUGCUUUAUUACUUUGCUUUGUUUCCUUUACUGACUCGUGUGGUUGUUGCUUUGUUUCAGGAUCAGUAAAGACAUGUGCGAGAUGAAGACAAAAGAUGGUGUCCCUUCCUUGUUCAGUCACGGGUCAUUUCAUUUGCUUUUUCUGUAUGCUUGCUUAUGGUUGUAUGUGUCACGGGAUGUAUGUGUCACGGAGAGUCACGGGUUGCUUUGUGCUUGUUGUUGCUUUGUAUUUUGAACUUCUAUUUAUAAGUCAGUGUCUAUUGCUUUGUAAUUUGAACUUCCCUUGUAUCAUCUCAUCAAUGAAAUCUCUUUCUUCUUAUUCCAAGCUUUGAAGCAAACUUUGCUUGUAUCAUGUCACGCCAAGAAAACCAACAAGUGAUGAAACUUAAACCAUUCUUUCCUCCUCUUCUACUUCUCUAAAAUUCACGGCAAUAAAACCAACAAGUCAAGACACAACUACUUCUCAAAUCACAACUUAUCAAGUAAAUAUGGGAGAUGAAGUCGAUCGAAGAUUGAAUGCGGCAUUGGAUAAGGCUGUCGAUGAAUAUAUUGAAGACACAUACAACAACAUCGUCAACAACCAAACAAAGAAACAAAGCAAACGUGCAUAUGUCGAACGAAACCGCGAAGAGGGCCACUCAAGACUAUGGAAUGACUACUUUAGUGAAAAUCCUACAUUUCCGCCUCAUUUAUUCAGACGACGUUUCCGCAUGAACAAGGCGGUAUUCAUGCGUAUUGUCGAUCGCCUCUCAGAAAAUUUUCCCUUCUUUCAACAAAGAAAAGAUGCAACUGGGAGGUUAGGUCUAUCUCCACUCCAAAAGUGUACGACGGCUCUUCGUAUGCUUGCUUAUGGCUGUGCUGCUGACGCCGUUGACGAGUAUCUCCGACUUGGAGAAAGCACAGCACUUUCAUGUUUAAGCAAUUUCACAGAAGGCAUAAUACAGUUAUUUGGAGAUGAGUAUCUACGAACGCCCACUCCAGAGGAUCUUCAACGACUACUCGAUAUUGGAGAGAUACACAGCUUUCCUGGGAUGAUAGGAAGCAUCGACUGUAUGCAUUGGGAGUGGAAAAAUUGCCCAACCGCCUGGAAAGGACAGUACACACGUGGAUCAGGAAAGCCAACAAUUGUCUUGGAGGCUGUAGCUUCACAAGAUCUUUGGAUAUGGCACGCUUUUUUUGGUCCUCCAGUUACCUUAACCGAUAUUAACGUCCUCGAUCGGUCUCCUGUUUUUGAUGACAUUUUACAAGGUCGAGCUCCAAGGGUAAAAUAUGUGGUCAACGGGCACCAGUAUGAUUUGGCGUACUACUUCACAGACGGCAUAUAUCCAAAAUGGUCAACAUUCAUCCAAUCUAUCUCAAACCCUCAAGGUCCUGAAGCAGAGUUAUUUGCUAAUGUUCAAGAAGCAACCCGAAAAGAUGUGGAGCGUGCUUUUGGAGUUUUACAAGCUUGAUUUGCAAUAGUGAAAAACCCGACUAUUUUGUGGGACAAGAGACAUAUAGGGAUGGUUAUGCGAACAUAUAUCAUACUGCACAAUAUGAUAGUAGAAAAUGAACGCAAUGGAUACACUCAGUAUGAUACAUCAGAGUUUGAAGAAGGAGAGUCGAGUAGAAGUUCACAGGUGGAUAUGUCAUAUUAUCCGAUGCCUUCAAAUCUCCGUACUAUGCUUGACAUACGAAGUCGUGUGCGUGACCCGCACAUACAUAGACAAUUGAAAUAUGAUUUGAUUCAAAAUAUUUGGAACAAAUUUGGUAAUGAUGAAGAUGUUUAAUUAUUGUAUGUUUACAAUUUGUUUUUCAAUAAAUGAAAAUUUUAAAUUUCAAAUUUUAAAAUUUUAAAUUUCAAAUUUUAAAAUUUAAAAUUUCAAAUUUUAAAAUUUUAAAUUUCUAAGAUUAACAAAAAAAAAAAAAAAUUUAAGGAUUCCAUAUUGGAUAACACCAUUGGACCUAUAAAUUAAGUUAAGAGUCCUUAACUAUUGAAAAAAAAAAUUAUAUAUUAUAAUAUACCUAAGGAUUCCAAUGGUGGGUAACGCCAUUAGACAUGCUCUAACAAUGACGUUUUUAAUUUUUUUUUGAGAAUGUAAGCAUUUAAUUAAAUUUCAAAUGAAAUAAUGGUGCAUGAGACGCAUUUAUAAAUAGCGCCACGCGGACGCCGCCGAGGCUCUCUCCUCCGCCAACUUCAGAUUUAUUCGGAUCUUAGGUUUUACGUCCACCUGAAUCUAUUGUUGUGCACAAUUCUGAUAAGGAGGAGGAGCCAGAUGCUGAUGGAGGAUAGUCAAAGCUUGGCCUCCAAAGCUAUUGGGACGCUGCUUAUUCCGGUGAGCUCACUAAUUUCAGGGAGCAUGGCUAUGCCGGCGAAGUUUGGUAACGACUCCUUCGUUUAGAGAGAGAGGAUCCUUGGAAGUUGAUUUAACUUCUUUCAUUUUUUCUUAUGGUAACAUUAGGUUUGGAGAUGAUGUGAUGGCAAUUGUUACUUGUUGGACAAAAGAUUUGUGCAUUGAUAUUUCUUAAAAGUCAAAAGGAGAUGUCUGUUUAUGACAACGGUGAGGUGAAUGAUAAGUAUUUGUCUUGCUGGAAUGUGCUUGGCCUUGGUACCGGUAAUGGCUUAGUCUUUCAUCAACUUGAGGGCUGAGCUUCUAAUAUUCUUUAUUUCAUGCUCUGGCGUUUAAUUGCUCAACUAUGUCUUGUUACUAUAAGGUUUGUGAAAGAGAUGAUUUUCAUUAUACGUAAGGUGUCUACAUUUAUACAAGAAUAGAGAGAGUAAGUAAGUAAAGAUAAUAUUAUGUAUUUACAUUGAGAUAUACGAUUGCGUUAAUGUCGCCAAUCAUAUACUCUUGAGUAUCUAUAAUAUGCCCCCUCAAGAUGGAGGUGGUU